AUGGCAGCUUACUGUUCAGAGAUUCAGUAUCUUGCAAACCCUGUAACCACUCAUGUGCAAAGUGCAGAGCAGCACAACCAAGAUGUGAACUCAUUGGGUUUAAUUUCAUCAACAAAAACAGCUGAAGCAGUUGAAGUCUUAAAGCUAAUGGCCUCAAACUAUUUGGUUGCACUUUGCCAGGCUAUAGACUUGAGAAAUUUGGAGGAGAAGUUGAAGAACAGUGUUAAGAAUGCAAUUAGCCAAGUGUCUAGAAGGGUUCUAACUUUUGGAGUGACUGGGGAGCUUCAGCCGUCUAGGUUUUGUGAGAAAGAUUUGCUCGAAGUUAUCGACGAUGAAUAUGUUUUUGCCUACAUUGAUGAUCCAUGUAGUGCAGGCUCUCUCCUAAUGCAGAAACUGAGGCACGUCUGGGUUGAUCAUGCACUGUCAAACAAUGAUGACUUGAUAAAUCCAAAUGCUUCAAUCUUCUUGAAGAUAGGUGCUUUUGAGCAAGAAUUGAAGACUCUUUUGCCUAAAGAAGUUGAAGAGGCUAGUUUUAUUUUUCAUAAUGGUUAUGCAUCCAUUCCAAACAGGAUCAAGAGCUGCAGGUCCUUUCCAUUGUAUAAGUUUGUGAGGGAAGAGCUGGGAACUGAGUUUCUAACAGGAGAGAACAUCGGGCCACCAGGAGAGGACUGUGACAAAGUGUUUUCGGCAAUUUGCGACCGUAAGGUCAUCGAUCCACUCCUGCAUUGUCUUGAGGAAUGGGAUGGCGGUCCUCUUCCAAUAUGUUAA